AUGACUGCAGCUGAUUUAGUUAGGUUAUUAGAUGCCACUCAGACUUCGAACGAAAGGUUAAAAACAGCUAUGGUCGAUUAUGUUCGAGCAGACACCAAGGUAGUGUCUAGUCUCCAUAUACUUAAUUUUUUCCAAAAAUUGUUUUUAGAAACUGGCUCCUUGAAAGCUGUGAGUCAAACUAUAUUAUCCGCUGAACCGGGAAACUCAACUUCUUUAAUAAAGCAAGUUUCUGCAACGACUUCAGCAUUUCAAAACAUUUCAUCUACUUUACAUUUUCUAGGAACAUUGACUCAAACAUGGAUCUUGAAUUGGAGACGAAUGAAAAAAGUCAGCGAAAUUUUAAUGAAUGAACAAAAUAUCCAAGAUGAAGCAAAAAAGGAACUUGUAAUAAAUCGAGGGUCCAUUAGAUUCAAUAAUCUUUUUUUCAAGUAUCCGGGUUCAACUGAUUAUGUCAUUAAAAAUUUCAAUUUAUUCAUUCCAGGAAAAGCAAAGAUUGGUAUUACUGGAACUAACGGAGCUGGAAAGACUUCUUUGCUAAAACUCUUAAUGCGAUUAUACAAUGCUGAAAAAGGAGAAAUAUUAGUUUGUGGUCAAAAUAUCAGUGAUGUCUCUAUCAACAGCUUGCGAAGUAAAAUCGCUGUUAUACCUCAGCAAGCAUAUUUGUUUAACGGAUCUUUACGCGAAAACUUGCUUUUUGGCAAUAACGAAGCUGCAAUAACUGAUAAUGAUAUUGAUAAAGUUGUCAACUCACUAGAGUUGCAGUCGUUAGUGAAGAAAAUAGGCGGUUAUAACGCCAUAAUUGAAGAAAAUGGUUCUAACUUGUCUGGAGGUGAAAAACAAUUACUGUCAAUUAUCAGAUGUGCGCUUAAAAACCCUUCGAUUGUGUUAAUUGACGAGGUAACCACUUUUCUUGAUAAAAUCAACGAAAAUAAAGUAUUAGAAGUAGUUAAAAAGUUUUGUGAAGAUAAAACCAUGAUUGUAGUCACUCAUGAACCGUAUUUAUUAAAAGACUUAGAUGAAGUGAUCAUCCUCGACAAAGGUUUAAUUGUAGAGCGUGGCUCGUUUGAUGAGCUAGAGAAAAACGGUUUGAUAUUUAAAAAUUUGUUUGACUAUGUUGAAAACACAAAACCUAAACCACUACAAAAUAAAGAUAUUGCGAUGCAUUGCUCAAGCGGAGAUUCAUGUUGCAGUGCUUAG